GGCGGGCCGCGCCUUUCCGGCAGGGCGGCAAGAUGGCGGCGGGGGCGGCGGAGCUGCGGCGGCUGGAGUGGCGGUUGGAGGAGCUGGAGCAGCGCGUUAACGGCGGCGAUGGGCCCUGCGAGCCGCGCAAGGUGGCGGAGGAGCUGAUGAAAGCGCAGGUGGCGCUGAACAAUAUCGCCGGCAAGAGGGAGAGGAUCAAAAUCCUGUUUAAGAAAAUUGAAGAUGUGAUAAAGUAUCUCGACCCUCAGUACAUUGAUAGGAUGGCUGUUCCAGAUGCCAUGAAGCUGCAGUUCAUCUUGGCAGAGGAGCAGGCUAUUCCUUCCCGCGCAGCCCUUCUGGAGCAGGUGAAGAACCUUCAGCCCAUCUUGGACAGUACCAGUAUCCAAGCGGUUCCUGACCAUGCAGCCAAACUACAGCGACUCUGUCAAAUCCACAUACAGCAGCAGGAACAGUGUCACGAUCUCACUGACAGUGUCAAGACACUCCUUGAAGUCUACAACAAAAUGACCCUACUUCUCUCCAAGCAGUUUGUCCAGUGGAAUGAAAUACUGGUGCAGCUGGAAACAGCCAAGGAAGUGAAACCUGCAGCUGAAUGAUGGCAGAGCCAGGAGCCUCGGGCCUCUCUGGAGAGGCUGCAGCACAGCUUCCACCCUGCUGCCUCAGCGCCUUCCCACUUUGCGUGAGCAUGCUGCAGGUGACAUCAGAGGCUCUCGGGGGGGACACGCUGGCUCCGCAGCUGAGCCAUGUCAGUCCCGAAUCGAAGUCACACUACUCCUUAAUAUGCCACUGUUUGCAAAUCUUGCUCUUCCCUGACAGGUUUUAGUUUGUAACAUUUAAAAAUCCCUUUCUGCUGUUACUGUGGACUGUAGUAAAAUCCUGAAAUGCCGUG